AUGCAAACGCAGCAAGACAAAAGUCCAACACCCGUAGCAUAUAUUAUUACGGUUCCAGGUCAUGAUGAACGAGUACCAAGUGUUGUGGAUAAUUUUAAGAAAUAUGCUAAUAUAGAUCUUCGACGUUUCGAUGGCAUUCGUUUUUCUCAUCAACAUCAUGAAAAAAAUAAGUCUCUGAAACUGGGAGAACAGAGUCUACGAGCGACAAUGACAAUGUUCUAUAGCAUGUUGGUUCGUGAGAAUUACGAAAAAGUAUUCGUGUUUGAAGAUGAUGCGAUUCCACAUCGUAAUUUUACAGCAUUGUUCAGAGAAUUGCCUCGUCGUUGUCUUGAAGCCGAUGUUUUAUUAUUAGGAGCCACUAUAUGGCAUAGAAAGCAUACAGAUUGGCCCAGUGGAGCGUGCUUCGAUGCUAGCAGUGAAACAUUUGGUGCUUUUGCUCUCUUGCUUAAAAGAGUAUCCUACCGUCCUAUACUCCAAUGGUUACAAGCCGGUCCAUCGCAACCAUAUGAUCAUGUUUAUCGUCACUUGCAACGAAAAAAACUCUCUGUUCGAGUGGCAUUUCCUCCUUUCCUGGUGAUUGCAGAUAUUUCGCAUCCAUCUUUAGUUGAUAAUAAUCGAGUUAAUAUUCAAUUUGAUGUGAACAAACGGGCUGAAGUGCAUCUCUGGCACUUGAAAGAUUAUCCAAUGAUUCGAAUACCAACUCAGACCAAGAAGAUCAAUGCAUCGGAGGCUAAACUUUUCAAGAACAAAGUGAAUACACACACGUAA